GCUUCUACCGCUGCAUCGUGCGUAACCGGAUGGGGGCCUUGCUGCAGCGGCAGACGGAGGUCCAGGUGGCCUACAUGGGGAGCUUUGAGGAGGGUGAGAAGCACCAGAGCGUCUCCCACGGAGAAGCAGCCGUCAUCCGUGCCCCGCGCAUCACCAGCUUCCCCCGGCCGCAGGUGACCUGGUUCCGGGACGGCCGCAAGAUCCCACCCAGCAGCCGCAUAGCCAUCACGCUGGAGAACACCCUUGUCAUCCUGUCCACAGUGGCUCCCGACGCGGGCCGCUACUAUGUGCAGGCUGUUAAUGAUAAGAACGGGGAUAACAAGACCAGCCAGCCCAUCACUCUUGCCGUGGAGAAUGUAGGGGGACCCGCAGAUCCCAUUGCACCCACCAUCAUCAUCCCUCCCAAGAACACCAGCGUGGUGGCCGGGACCUCGGAGGUGACCAUGGAGUGUGUGGCCAACGCCAGGCCCCUGAUCAAGCUGCACAUCGUUUGGAAGAAAGAUGGAGUGAUGCUGUCAGGUGGCAUCAGUGACUACAACCGCCGGCUCACCAUCCCCAACCCCACGGGCAGCGAUGCCGGCUACUAUGAGUGUGAGGCCGUCCUGCGCAGCAGCAGUGUCCCCCCUGUUGCCCGGGGAGCCUACCUCUCUGUGUUCGAACCACCUCAGUUUGUCAAGGAGCCAGAGAGGCACAUCACAGCGGAGAUGGAGAAAGUGGUGGACAUCCCCUGUCGGGCCAAAGGUGUACCACCACCCUCCAUCACCUGGUACAAGGACGCAGCCCUGGUGGAGGUAGAGAGGCUGACCCGCUUCCGGCAGCGUGGCGACGGGGACCUCCAGAUCAGCGGGCUGGUGCCCGACGACACCGGCAUGUUCCAGUGCUUCGCCCGCAAUGCAGCUGGCGAGAUGCAAACCUCCACCUACCUGGCCGUCACCAGCAUCGCCCCCAAUAUCACCAGAGGCCCCUUGGACAGCACAGUGAUCGAUGGCAUGUCAGUGGUACUGACGUGUGAGACUUCGGGGGCGCCCCGGCCGGCUAUCACUUGGCAGAAAGGGGAGCGCAUCCUGGCCAGUGGCUCAGUCCAGCUGCCCCGCUUCACGCUCCUGGAGUCUGGCAGCCUGCUCAUCAGCCCCACACACAUCUCCGACGCAGGGACCUACACCUGUCUGGCCACCAACUCUCGGGGGGUCGACGAGGCCUCAGCAGACCUGGUCGUAUGGGCCCGGACCCGCAUCACCAAGCCUCCCCAGGACCAGAGUGUCAUCAAGGGCACCCAGGCCUCCAUGGUGUGCGGAGUGACCCAUGACCCCCGAGUGACUGUCAGGUAUGUCUGGGAGAAGGAUGGGGCUACCCUGGGCAUGGAGAGCAAUCCCCGUACCCGCCUGGACAAAAACGGCUCCCUGCACAUCUCGCAGACGUGGUCAGGGGACAUUGGCACAUACACCUGCCGGGUACUCUCAGCUGGAGGCAAUGACUCUCGCAGUGCCCACCUGCGAGUCAGGCAACUGCCCCAUGCCCCCGAGCACCCGGUGGCAACUCUGAGCUCCGUGGAGAGGCGAGCCAUCAACCUGACGUGGGCCAAGCCCUUUGACGGCAACAGCCCCCUCAUCCGCUACGUCCUGGAGAUGUCGGAGAACAAUGCCCCCUGGACCAUACUCCUGGCCAGUGUGGACCCUGAAGCUACCUCGGUGACGGUCAAGGGGUUGGUCCCCUCACGUUCCUACCAGUUCCGUCUCUGUGCUGUCAACGACGUGGGGAAAGGACAGUUCAGCAAGGACACGGAGAGGGUCUCUCUCCCUGAGGAGCCCCCCACAGCCCCUCCACAGAAUGUCAUUGCCAGUGGCCGGACCAACCAGUCCAUCAUGAUCCAGUGGCAGCCGCCACCCGAGAGCCACCAGAAUGGCCUCCUCAAGGGCUACAUCAUCAGGUACUGCCUGGCCGGGCUGCCCGUUGGGUACCAGUUUAAGAACAUCACGGAUGCAGACGUCAACAACCUACUGCUAGAGGACCUCAUCAUUUGGACCAACUACGAGAUCGAGGUGGCCGCCUACAACAGUGCCGGGCUAGGCGUCUACAGCAGCAAAGUCACUGAGUGGACGCUGCAGGGAGUUCCCACGGUCCCUCCCGGCAAUGUGCAUGCAGAAGCCACCAAUUCCACAGCCAUCCGCUUCACCUGGAAUGCCCCCAGCCCCCAGUUCAUCAACGGCAUCAACCAGGGCUACAAGCUGAUCGCCUGGGAGCCAGAGCAGGAAGAGGAGGCUACCAUGGUGACCGCCCGGCCCAACUUUCAAGACAGCAUCCACGUGGGCUUUGUGUCUGGCCUGAAGAAGUUCACCGAGUACUUCACCUCGGUGCUGUGCUUCACCACCCCCGGAGACGGGCCCCGCAGUGCCCCCCAGCUGGUGCGCACCCACGAGGAUGUGCCUGGGCCUGUGGGACAUCUGAGCUUCAGUGAAAUCCUGGACACCUCGCUGAAGGUCAGCUGGCAAGAGCCAGGAGAGAAGAAUGGCAUCCUCACAGGGUACCGGAUCUCCUGGGAGGAGUAUAACCGAACCAACACCCGUGUGACCCACUAUCUGCCCAACGUGACCCUGGAGUACCGCGUCACGGGCCUCACCGCACUCACCACCUACACCAUCGAGGUGGCCGCCAUGACCUCAAAGGGCCAGGGCCAGGUGUCUGCCUCGACCAUCUCUUCAGGGGUGCCUCCAGAACUCCCAGGGGCCCCCACCAACCUGGGCAUUUCCAACAUCGGCCCCCGUUCUGUGACCUUGCAGUUCAGGCCGGGCUAUGAUGGGAAAACCUCCAUCUCCCGCUGGCUGGUGGAGGCCCAGGUGGGUGUGGUCGGGGAGGGAGAGGAGUGGCUUCUGAUCCACCAGCUCGCCAAUGAGCCCGAUGCCCGCUCCAUGGAGGUGCCCGACCUCAACCCCUUCACCUACUACAGCUUCCGCAUGCGCCAGGUGAACAUCGUAGGUACCAGUCCACCCAGUCAGCCUUCUAGAAAGAUCCAGACCCUCCAGGCGCCCCCUGACAUGGCCCCAGCCAACGUGACUCUGCGCACGGCCAGUGAGACCAGCCUGUGGCUCCGCUGGAUGCCUCUCCCCGAGAUGGAGUACAACGGGAACCCCGAGUCAGUGGGCUACAAGAUCAAGUACAGCCGGUCAGAUGGCCACGGCAAGAUGCUGAGCCACGUGGUGCAGGACCGCGUGGAGCGGGAGUACACCAUCGAGGACCUGGAGGAGUGGACGGAGUACCGCGUCCAGGUCCAGGCCUUCAACGCCAUCGGGAGCGGGCCCUGGAGCCAGAUGGUGGUGGGCAGGACCCGAGAGUCAGGUAUGGCCCUGUCGCGCCCAGCCACCCUGGUGACUGCCCCUCCUACUUCCAGCUCCAUGGCUGAGUGCUGGGGGCUGAGACCCAGGCCCAAGGCGCUCACCCUGUGCUGGGCCCGGCAGGUGAUGUAUAGGGAGAAGGACUCGGACUCCCAGCCCCACUUCUGGCUGGUGGAAGGCAACUCGUCUCGCAGCGCCCAGCUCACCGGCUUGGGCAAGUACGUGCUCUAUGAGGUGCAGGUCCUGGCCUUCACGCGCAUCGGAGACGGCAGCCCCAGCCACCCUCCCAUCCUGGAGCGGACGCUGGAUGAUGUCCCGGGACCACCCAUGGGCAUCCUGUUCCCGGAGGUGAGGACCACAUCAGUGCGGUUGAUCUGGCAGCCCCCUGCUGCCCCCAAUGGCAUCAUUCUUGCUUACCAGAUCACACACCGGCUCAACACCACCGCAGCUAACACUGCCACCGUGGAGGUGCUGGCACCCAGCGCCCGCCAGUACACAGCCACCAGCCUCAAGCCAGAGUCUGUCUACCUGUUCCGCAUCACAGCCCAGACCCGCAAGGGCUGGGGAGAGGCUGCCGAGGCCUUGGUGGUGACCACCGAGAAGAGAGACCGCCCGCAGCCCCCCAGCAAGCUGGUGGUGCAGCAGGAGGACGUGAAGGCACGCAGCGUGCUGCUGUCCUGGGAGCCUGGCAGCGACGGGCUGUCCCCUGUGCGCUACUACACCGUCCAGACCCGCGAGCUGCCCAGCGGCAGGUGGGCGCUGCACUCCGCCUCCGUGAGCCACAACGCCUCCACCUUCAUUGUGGACAGGCUCAAGCCCUUCACGUCCUACAAGUUCCGACUGAAGGCAACCAAUGACAUUGGGGACAGCGACUUCAGCGAGGAGUCAGAGUCACUGACCACCCUGCAGGCCGCCCCUGACGAAGCACCCACCAUCCUCUCAGUGACGCCCCACACCACCACUUCUGUGCUAAUCCGAUGGCAGCCUCCAGCCGAGGACAAGGUCAAUGGCAUCCUCCUGGGCUUCCGGAUUCGGUACCGGGAGCUGCUUUAUGAAGGGCUGAGGGGCUUCACUCUUCGAGGCAUCAACAACCCCGGGGCCAAGUGGGCCGAGCUUACCCCCUUGUACUCCAUGCGGAACCUGAGCCGGCCCAGCCUCACGCAGUACGAGCUGGACAACCUGAACAAGCACCGGCGCUACGAGAUACGGAUGAGUGUGUACAAUGCCGUGGGUGAGGGGCCCUUGAGCCCCCCGCAGGAGGUCUUUGUAGGGGAAGCAGUGCCCACGGCAGCGCCUCGUAAUGUGGCCGUCCACGGUGCCACAGCCACCCAGCUGGAUGUGACAUGGGAGCCACCCCCACUGGACAGCCAGAAUGGAGAUAUCCAGGGCUACAAGAUUUAUUUCUGGGAAGCCCAGCAGCCGAACCUCACAGAGCGGGUGAAGACACUUUUCCUGGCUGAGAAUAGUGUGAAGCUGAAGAACCUGACCGGCUACACUGCCUACAUGGUCAGUGUGGCAGCCUUCAACGCCGCUGGGGACGGGCCACGGAGCAGCCCCACCCGGGGCCAGACCCAGCAAGCAGGAGUCAGCAAGAUUGUGACCGUGGACGUGAAGGGGAGCAGCCCUCUGUGGCUGAAGGUGAAGGACCUGGCAGAGGGGAUGACCUACAGGUUCCGCAUCAGAGCCAAGACCUUCACCUACGGACCGGAGAUCGAAGCCAAUGUCACCACGGGCCCGGGAGAAGGUGCCCCGGGACCGCCUGGAGUGCCCAUCAUUGUGAGGUACAGCUCGGCCAUCGCCAUCCACUGGUCCAGCGGAGACCCCGGCAAAGGACCCAUCACCCGCUACGUCAUAGAGGCCCGGCCUUCAGAUGAGGGGCUGUGGGACAUCCUCAUCAAAGACAUCCCCAAGGAGGUGAGUUCUUACACAUUCAGCAUGGACAUCCUCAAGCCGGGCGUGAGCUACGACUUCAGGGUCAUCGCGGUCAACGACUACGGCUUUGGCACCCCCAGCAGCCCCUCCCAGUCCGUGCCAGCCCAGAAAGCCAACCCCUUCUACGAGGAGUGGUGGUUCCUGGUGGUCAUCGCCCUGGUCGGCCUCAUUUUCAUCCUGCUUCUGGUCUUUGUGCUCAUCAUCCGAGGCCAGAGCAAGAAGUAUGCCAAGAAAAGUGACUCGGGGAACAGUACCAAGUCUGGAGCCCUUGGCCACGGGGAGAUGAUGAGCUUAGAUGAAAGCAGUUUCCCUGCCCUGGAACUCAACAACCGGCGGCUCUCGGUCAAGAACUCCUUCUGCCGAAAGAAUGGCCUGUACACCAGGUCUCCCCCCCGGCCCAGCCCGGGCAGCCUCCACUACUCUGAUGAGGAUGUCACCAAGUAUAAUGACCUCAUCCCAGCAGAGAGCAGCAGCCUGACUGAGAAGCCCUCAGAAAUCUCUGACUCUCAGGGGAGCGACAGUGAGUAUGAAGUCGACCCCAGCCACCAGAAGGCCCACUCUUUUGUCAACCACUACAUCAGUGACCCCACCUAUUACAACUCGUGGCGGCGGCAGCAGAAGGGCAUCUCGCGGGCCCAGGCGUACAGCUACACGGAGAGCGACUCGGGCGAGCCAGACCACGCCACCAUCGCCAACAGCAACAGCACCCAGCAGGGCAGCCUCUUUCGACCCAAGGCCAGUCGGACUCCAACGCCCCAAAACCCCCCGAACCCCUCAAGUCAGCAGAGCACCCUCUACCGCCCCCCCAGCAGCCUCAAGAGGAAAGAGAAAGAAAGAAAAAUGGCACCAAACUCCUCCGUCACCCCUCCCUGCACCGCCUGCCAGAAAACAAAAACACCAAGAAACCAAGUCAACUUUUCACCUCCCGAGUUUAUUCUUCCAGAGAUUCCAGGGCCAGCCAGGCUGGUGUGGAGGGGGAGGCAGAAGCAGCCACGAGAGAUGUCUGUGGCCAGCGGCUGGUUGGUGUCACAACUGUGGGGCUCGCUGCUCCUGCAGGAAUUGCACUGAGCUGGGGAAGUGGCCGUUUUGCUGCUGCAGUGGAUGCAGCCUGGGCUGUGCCCCUGGAGAAAGAAAGGGAGAGAAGACAACAGACUGCAGGGCUGGUGAGGCUGGCAUGGCUGAGGGAGGAAGAAGCUUCUAGACAUCCAGCCAGCUGCCACCUCCCGACAUGGGCUAGGUCCCGGGACCCGCUGCUCCUCUGCUCAAAGGAUGGGUAUCCCCUGAGGCAAAGCCACCCUCUUUCUGUGCACCUUCCUCCCAGCCCCCCAUCCCACCCCAUCCCAAUCCAUGCCAUCACUGGCAGCCAUCCGAUGGCCUUGCCCGACCCCUGCCCUGCCUCGACCACCUCCACUUCCCACCUCCCUCAUUCAACUUCUCCAUCAAGCAUUUGGUUUAUUUAGCAAAAAGGAAAAAAAAAAAAGGGGGUGAGAAUUUGCUUAGCUA